AUGUCGUCGCCACCCUCGAGGAGCUUUAGUUACGUGGCCUUGCUGUUCCUGCUAGACGAGGAGAGUGCCUUUGACGGUAUCCCACAUGAGGUCGUCGAUGCGGCCCUGGACCAACUUAGCGUAGACGGGAGCCUCCGCAGCUUCUUGAAUACCUUCCUGACCGGUAAGACCUUCCGGGUUCGAGUCGGAAAGGAGACCAGCCAACCCAGGUAUAUCACCGCAGGUGUUUCUCAGGGUUCCGUGCUGAGCCCCUUCCUGUUCAACCUGGCGAUGGCAGGGCUCCCCGUCUCUCUUCUGACAGGCACCAGGUUCCCGGCCCGCUGCUCCGUCUGCGCCGACGACGUGGCACUCUGGGCCCGGGGACCAAGGCGGUCCUAUCCAGCCGUGAGGAGGUCACUGCGGGCGGCCCUGAAUGCGGUGACCGCCUACUUGAGCGGCAUCGGAAGAGUCUCCGCAACCAAGACCGAGGCCCUACUGAUCCACCCGCUGGUGGCAGCACCACGCUACGUGAAGCAGCUGAGGGUUGGCAAACACAACCUGCCUUGGAAGCUGGCGGCGAAGUACCUGGGGUUCACCAUCGAUCACCGUCUCACCUGGAUCCCAGCUCCCAAGGGCGCCUGCAAACUGGUCUGA